AUGGCUGAGAAUGGUGGAUACGUUCAUACUCCCCCUGCACCGUUCAGGUCGCCACCCAACACGACAUCGUGGGACAUCGGUAUGCCGCGUAGUACAUCUCUAAGCCGAUCCCAAAACAGCGUCUUAUCCGCGUCGCUGCAGCCGACCUGUGGGGCUUUACCUCCUCCACAAAAAAUAAUGGAAGUGUCACACACAUUGACAUUAAAUGAAACUGCUUUGCAGCAGUUGCCUGAUGACAAGAAACCACAUUUCAUUUUUGAAUGGCUACGUUUUCUAGAUAAAGUUUUAGUAGCAGCUCAUAAGUCUGACAUUAAGAGCUGCCAACAAAAGCUAGUAGCUCAGCUUGUAAACCUACUGAGAGAAUCACUGGGUGCACCAGCGCGUAAAUUGCUUGCAAGAUGCUUAGCUACUCUGUUCUCAGUUGGUGACACAUUCUUGUUGUUUGAUACAGUGAACAAAUGCAAUGACAUAAUUAAAGUGAAAGAUGAUUCACCAUCCUAUUUACCUACCAGACUUGCUGCUAUCUGUUGUCUGGGAAGUAUGUAUGAAAAACUUGGCAGGAUGAUGGGCAGAUCAUAUGAGGAGACAGUAGCCACACUAGUAAGAUCGCUAAAAAGUUCAGAGUCUCAGACUAGACUUGAGAUAAUGAUUACGCUGGAGAAGAUUUGCCUGGGCAUGGGCACGGCGGCGGGCACGGCGCUGCGCGAGGUAUCGCGCGCGGCGCGCACGUCGCUGCUGAGCGAGCGCGUGGCGGCGGUGCGCGCGGCCGCCGCGCACGCCUUGCGCCGUGUACUGCCGCUGUUGCGCCUGGCGCCCGCAGACGUCGACGCCAUCGCCGCAGCCUGCCUGCGCGCCGCGCACUCCUCAGACCUAGCGCUCAGAUGCGCCGUAGCAGAACUUCUUGGUGCACUCAUUGCCGCCACUCAAGCUGGUGAUGUUUCUAAUACAAAUAAUAAGAUGAAAAUGGGCAUUCAGUCGGUUCAACAAAGCAAAAAGGAUUCCCAAAAGAAUGUAGUGUCCUUAGACGAAGCUCUGAAUCUGUUAAUGGGUGCCUUCUUGAGAGGAGGCACAUCGUUCCUGAAGGGUGAUAUAAUUAAAUCUGGCUCAGGCGUCAACAGAGAAGUUAGAGUUUGUGUUACCCACGCAUAUGUGAUAUUCGUGCAGAACAUGGGUGGCGUUUGGUUGGAACGAAACAUGACUACAUUCCUUACUCAUGUGCUGGAUUUAGUUGCCAAUCCUAAAGCUGCCAGUUCACAUGUAGACGCCGUUUAUUCCAGGAAGUGCAUAAAUUAUAUACUACGCAACACAUUAGGUAAAAUGCUUGGGGAGAAAGCACAAGCAUCCGCUUGUCGUGAAAUUAUACAGAUUGUUGCCAAGCAAAUGAACAGCAUCGAUUUUAACCCAGAAAAUGCAAAGGAUUGCAAUCAGGAGACCCUGUUCAGUCAGCACCUCUUAGUUUGUGCUCUCACAGAAGCCGGAGAAUUGGCUCUGCAACUCGGCACAUCCGUUCACAAUCUUGUAACAGAUACAUCUUUAAAUAUGAUUGACACCAUAUUCACGGUGUUGGAGCACCCAUGCGUUGCGGCGCGACUUGCGGCUGCGCGGUGCGCGCGCUGCGUGUGUGAGGCGCUUCCCGCCCAGAUCACACCGUUGCUAGACCGCUGCGUGGAUGCACUGGACGCAGCGCGCCCCACGCCGCACCACAUCUCCGGUUAUUCAGCGGCCCUGGCAGCCAUACUUGGGGCAGUUCACCUCUCGCCGCUCGGAGUCCCUCACGGCAGGGGAAAAGUGGCGUUUAACGCUGCGGAGCAACUGUUGCGUUCAGCCGGCCAAAGCAGUCGGCUAACUGCCGCUCGGACUAACGCGGGAUGGUUAAUUGUCGGCGCUAUUUGUACCCUCGGGGUUCCCGUGGUGCGUGGAUUGUUGCCACGAAUGUUGCUUUUGUGGAGAAAUAGUUUUCCGCGUUCGGCCAAAGAACUGGAAUCUGAAAAGGCCAGAGGAGAUGCUUUUACUUGGCAGGUGACAUUGGAAGGCCGUGCGGGAGCACUAUCAGCGUUACAUAGUCUGCUCAUUCAUUGUCCAUCGCUGGUUAAUAAUGAUGAUACCGCGAAGAGACUGACACAACCCAUUGAUGGUGCUAUUGCUGUGCUUACCAAUGUGGGCAACGUGGUGCGCGGCGCAAGUGGCGCCCUGAAAGCGCCGGCUGCGCUGCUGCGGCUGCGGCUAUACCAGGCGAGCAGCGCACUGCGCGGCGCCGGCACGCCCCCCGCGCCCCCCGCGCCGCUGUUGCGCCUGCUGGCCGCCGAGCUCGCCGGCUCUGCGGACCCCAGUGGAGCCAACGUCGCCACCGGUAUGCUGAGAAACGCCAUGCAUCCUCGAGAUACGAUACUAUUAGGUGAAGAAAGCUGGAUUUAUGAUACAGAUCAUGCUGAAAUAGAAGAACAGCUGAUCUCGCCGCUGAGCGCGAGUGGGUCGGGCGCGCUAGAGCACGACCCGUGCUGUCUGUACCGCGCCGCGGCGCCCGCAGCGGGCGCGCCGCCGCUCGGCGUCGCAGUGAUCGACGCUUCCGUUGUGCUCUUCCCGCACAUAUUCGCCAGGGCGGCCAAUAAGCACCGACAACAAAUGCUAGAGCAUUUCGCUGAAUGCAUAAAGAUAUCAAAAGGAGUUCGUCAAGAGGCUAUUCAAAUCAACAUUUACACCGCUCUGCUGCUAGCUCUGCGUACGUUGGCGGAGUUAAAGAGCUCGUUGGGACAAGACGCCGUGAAGAAUAUUGCUACUGAACUUAUAAUUAAUGGUCUAUCAGCGAACAGUGCAACAGUCCGUGCUGCAGCUGCUUCUUGUGCAGGCAGACUGUGCGGUUGCGUGUCGGAAGCUGAAUCUCAAGCGCUGAGUGAGCGCGUUAUUACUCUGGCGAGGACGUCGGCCAACAGGCCGGUACGGGCUGCUGCAGCGGCUGCAGUGGGCGCCGUGCAGCGGGCGCGUGGGGCUGCAUCCAGCGCUGCAGCGCUUCCGGUGUUGAGAGCACUGGCGCAAGACUCGGCCGCAGUCGAGCUGCAGGUCUGGUCUGUGCACGCGUUAUCAGUUCUAGUGGAUGCGUCUGGGCCUAUGUUCCGUGGUCAUGUGGAGUCGACCCUCAACCUGGCUCUGAAGUUGUUGUUUAGUUCACCACCGUACCAGGAGGAUCUUCACCGUAGCAUCGGCCGAUUGCUGUCCGCUUUGAUUACUGUUGUUGGACCUGAGUUGCAAGUGGGAAGUGGCGCGGUGAGUAGAUUUCUCUGUGCGUGUGCCGCGCUGCAGGAGUGCAGUGGCGGAGGAGCGCGCGCCGAGAGCAUCGGCUGCCUGCAGCAGCUGCAGAUGUUCUCCCCGCGCAGCAUCAACCUGCACGCGCUCGUGCCGCAGCUCUGUCGUGACUUAUCAAGCUCUGAACUAGCAGUCAGACGUGCUGCACUUUGCUGUUUGAGACAGUUAUCGCAGAAAGAGGCAACGGAGGUUUGCCGCUACGCCAUGCUAGCUAAAGACCAUGUCCCUGCAAAACCGUAUUGUGGAGUGACAAUAAGCGACAGCGGGCUGCCGGGCGCGCUGUUCGCGUACCUGGACACGGAGCGCGACGAGACCGCGCUGUCGCACGCGCGCGACGCGCUCACGUGCUGCCUGCUGGCCGCGGCCGGUGCGCGCCAGCUGCGCGACUGGCUGCUGCUCGCCAAGCGCGUGCUCACCGUGCGCCUCGAAGAUACCAACAACCAAGAAACAGAUUUUGAUGGCGAAGGUGAUGAUGACCAAGCGGAAUUCCAUGCAGAAUCAGAGCAGUCCACACAUCCAGCUAUUCAGCCGAGAUGGUCUACAAAGGUGUUUGCAAUGGAAUGCAUUCAGAAAAUCAUGAGUGCUUGCGAAGCAACAGGGGACAGUGCGCAUUUCGAUCUCGUGAAAGCCAAAGAAAAAUUGCAAAAUGAUCCUAAUGGGGAUUAUCUAUCGCUUCAUCUCUCGGACCUAGUCCGCAUGGCGUUUGUAGGCGCAACUGGCGAGUCAGACGCAUUGCGUUUGAGCGGCUUACAUACACUGCAGAUGAUCAUACAGCUGUUCGCUCGCGCCCCAGAACCGGACUUUCCUGGACAUUUGCUCCUUGAACAGUAUCAGGCACAGGUGGGUGCAGCAGUGCGACCGGCGUUCGCUCGCGACACGGCGUCGCACGUGACGGCGGCCGCCUGCGACCUGUGCUCCGCCUGGCUGGGCUGCGGCGUCGCGCGCGACAUCGACGACCUGCGCAGAGUUCACCAGUUGCUGGUUUCUAGCUUAGAUAAACUCAAUAAAAAAGGAAAUACUACAUUAAUUUACAACGAAAGUAUGGCAACGCUUGAAAAACUGUCAAUUUUAAAAGCAUGGGCUGAGGUGUAUAUAGUGGCAAUGGUCAGCAACGACAGCGCACCGGGCAGCUACGUGAAGCAACUUGAUACGAAACCUUUCAAUAUUAAAGCUGAGCUGGUCAAGUGGCGUAAUCAGGUUCUACAAAACAACAAUGAAAUAGACAACGCAAAUCAAGAGGAGGAUGACGAAGAGUACGGGGAAUUUGAGUCGAAAGGCGAGAGUCUAUUGAAGUUGGUAGAACCAGAGUUAGAAAGUUUAGGAGAAAAUUGGCUCGCCGCUUUGAGAGAUCACGCGUUAUUAAGUUUGCCCCCCGAGUUCGCGUCGCAGCUGCCGCACGGCGGCGGCGCGUUCUACGCUGCGGAGAGCGCGGAAGCGUCGCGGCCGCACUACGCGCGCGCCUGGCCGCAGCUGCUGUACGCCGCCGCGCUGCGCUACAACGCCUGCUUCCGGGACAUCGCCGCCGCCGAUAAAACUGACAAUACUAUGGACAACAGAUCAACUAAAACAGAAAAUGGCAACUUUGAAUUUUUCGAACCUGUGGAUGAAAGAUUUCAUUUACUUUUCGGUAUAUGUAUGGAGGCAUUGUGUGCACAACGCGAUAUAAGCGAUAGUAACAUAGUUUCUGUGCUUCUAUCUUUGGUGACUCUGCUGGACGCUCCGGAAAAUAGAGCAAGAUUGUUUAAAGACAAAGCACUGGCGAUAGAACUGUGCCAAAUCAUUCAUCGGAUAGGACUUACCCAGGACAGCAUCGAGGCGUUGCUGCUAGCGGCCGACGUGCUGCAGCUGAUCAUUCUCGGCGGCAAGGAACAGCUUCACGCUAGCAUGCAAGCAAAGAUUAAAGAGCUGUCGCUGGGUGCGGGGGAAGGCUCCGGGGAGGUGUCGGAGGAGAUGGCGACGGCGGUGGCGACGCUGGGCGAAGGUGGGCCGACGGGCGACGUGUGUGGCAGCCGCUGCGUGGCGGCCAGCGCGCUAAGGGCGAGCGCGUGCCUGGUGGUGCGUCGGCUGCCGGCGUUGGGCCCGCGCCGCGGCCUCACCGGCGUCAUCGGCGUGCCGCGCGGCCUGGGCCCGCACGCCGCCGCGCUGCUCGUCAAGUGCCUCGCCGCCAUGUCGCAGCUCACCGACCUCACCAGCCCGCAAGGCGCGGUGUCGGUGCUGCCGACGGUGCUGCACGUGGCGACGGAGGUGCUGCGCGAGGGCGGCGCGGCGGCCGAGGCGGGCGUGCUGCUGCUGCAGCGUGCCGCCGACUGCCGCGCCGCCGCCGCACCCGACACCAGCGCGACCCAUGCGCGCCUGCUGCAGACCGCGCUCGCCAAGCUGCUCGACAGCGUCAAGACAGAGGCAGCGGAACAGCGUAUAGAGGCGAUCACGGGCGCGCGCGGGAUGGCGGCGGUGCUGGGACGCGCGGCGCCAGCGCCCGAGCUGCACUACCCCUGCAUUAACCACUUCCGGCAGUGCCUCGACACGCGAGACAACGACUUGUUCGCGGCGUGCUGUGGCGUGCUGCGCGGCGUGUGGUCGCGUAGCAGUGGCAGUGACAAUGGCGGCGGUGCGGUGUCGUGGUGGGCGCGCGCGCUGGGAGCUCGAGUAGCCGCGCGCGCGGCUGCGGCGCGGCGGCCGGCCGACGCGGCGCACGCGCGCGCUGCCGUCGCCGCCGUUACCGCGCUCGACGACCUCGUCGCCGCCGCGCCCGACGCUGCACGCAUUCAGCUGCUGCGUAUGCUGGUGCCGAUAGUGAUAUCGUACCUGCGCGAAGGCAACGAGCUAACGAGUGCGCCGCCGCACGUGCGCACGCUGCACGACUUCGCGCUGCAGUGGCUCAUGCGCGUCGGGCCCAAGUACCCGCAGGAGUUCAAAACAAUGAUGCAACAGUCGCCCGAUCUACGUACCAAGUUAGAAAACGCCGUGAAGGCGAAUCAGAUCAGCCGAUCCAAUAAACAGUCCCAACCGCAAAGACCGGUCUUUGAGUCGCGACCAGCCAAACCCACUAUACAGCUGAAGACCGAUUUCAGCGAUUUCAGAUAA